GAAGAGCUCUCUCUGAUGCCACACGCUCUUCUCUAGUCCCAUUUUAGCACAAUUUGAACAUUUUUAUCCUAAGAAUUCGGGUGGAUAUGACCGCGUUAAGACGUCGGUGCCUUCAAUGAAAUCAGAGGCCUUGGAUUGGAAACUGCGCUGUGCCAGAGACCAUGGGAAACUGUAGCUCUUACGACUCGGACGAUGGCUUCUCCUACCACCCUGACGAUGAGAUCUGCGAGCACUGCAACUGCCCCAUUCCGAAUGAAAAGCUCCCGAUCAACCAUGGCCAAGACUACCCGGUCCCUCCGAUGUCACCAUUACCAGAUAACUUGGUGGUGGCGAAGUACACGUAUAAACCGUGCCACGCUGACGACCUGGGCUUCGAGAAAGGCGAGAAGAUGAAGAUCACUGGCGAUGAUGAUCCUGAAUGGUACAUGGCCGAGUCUCUGUCGACGGGACAGAGGGGUUACGUGCCACGCAACUUUGUAGCCAAACUCAACAGCAUGGAGACAGAACCCUGGUUUUUUAAGGAUCUCUCCAGAAACGAUGCCAUGAGGCACCUGCUGGCCCCCGGCAACACGCAGGGCUCGUUCCUGAUCAGAGAGAGUGAGACCACACCAGGCAGCUUCUCUCUCUCUCUGCGAGAUCUGGAUCACAACCAAGGCGACAUCAUCAAGCACUACAGAAUCCGCAACCUGGACGCCGGCGGCUUCUACAUCACCAGCAAGAUCUCCUUCACCUGCCUGUCCGAGUUGGUCAAACAUUACUCCCGAGAUUCAGACGGCUUGUGCACACGUCUGGUGAAACCAUGUCAGACGCGAAUGCCACAGAAGCCGUGGUGGCAGGACGAGUGGGAGAUUUCACGUGAGUCGCUCAAGCUGGAGAGGCGAUUGGGACAGGGACAGUUUGGAGAAGUCUGGAUGGGUUUGUACAAUAAUAACCGGAGAGUGGCCAUUAAGAGUCUGAAACAUGGCACCAUGUCCAUCGACGCCUUCCUGGCCGAGGCUAACCUGAUGAAGAACCUGCAGCACGCACGACUCGUACGCCUCUUCGCUGUGGUCACUCAGGAACCCAUCUACAUCGUCACCGAGUUCAUGGAGAACGGCAGCCUGGUGGAUUUUCUGAAAACGCCGGAAGGAGCAAAUUUACAAAUCAACACCCUGAUCGAUAUGGCCUCACAGGUGGCUGAUGGUAUGGCCUACAUCGAGCAGAAGAACUACAUCCACCGAGACCUGAGAGCCGCCAACAUCCUGGUGUCUGAUGAACUCAUAUGCAAGGUCGCAGACUUCGGCCUCGCCCGGCUCAUCGAGAACAACGAAUACACAGCCAGAGAAGGUGCGAAGUUUCCCAUCAAAUGGACGGCUCCUGAAGCCAUUAACUACGGCACGUUCUCCAUCAAGUCAGACGUCUGGUCUUUUGGCAUCCUGCUGACUGAGAUUGUGACCUACGGCAGAAUUCCUUACCCAGGUAUGACGAAUCCUGAGGUGAUCCAGAACUUGGAGAAAGGGUACCGCAUGCCUCGUCCGGACAACUGUCCCGAGGACCUGUACGUCAUAAUGAUGGAGUGUUGGACAGAAGACCCGGAGAAACGCCCUACGUUCGAGUACCUGCGCAGCGUCCUGGAGGACUUCACCACGGCCACCGAGCGGCAGUAUCAGGAGCAGCCUUACUGAGGAUGAACCAAACGAUGGUUUAAAAAGACAGAGCCGUGCUUAUCCGUGAUUAUUAUAAGACAGCAACGUUCCUAUCUUUUUUUUUCCUUCUCCUUGAUUAUGUUAUGUACAGUAUAUAACCUACUGAGGUCCUUAUUUGAGGACAAUGGGUCUCUUUUUUUUCUCUCUUCCCUUUUUAAAGACCGUAAUUAGCUCCUGUAGUUUUAUUUGCUUUUUAACAAGGCUGAAGAUGUCUGAGAAAAAAACAAAACAAAAAACUGUCCAUCACCAGCCAUUUUCACUCUUGAAGUGCGGAAUGAUUGUCUUUCAACUCCUUGUACGUAAUCCUAUCAGUGUUCAUCGUGUCCUGUAUUUAGCUUAACUACCUAUAAAUAGUCCAAAUAAAAUAAACUGAUUUCCCUCUUCUGACACCAAAAUGUGUAGUUCAGAACGGUAAGAAAAAGCCUGAACUCACAUGAGGAUCCUCGCACAUCAGUGUGAGUGGCAAGAACAAUGAAAUAAAAUGUUCUCUCUCGCUUUUUUUUUAAUUUUGUUGAAAUGUAUAAAUAAAAGUCAUUUAAUACA